AUGGACGCCUCUGCCCCCAAGGCGAUUCUCACAUCCGACAAUUUCAACCAUGCACAAGAGAUCUCCCGGGCCACCUCACCCGGUGGGGAGCCCGCAGCGCUCAACGGCGAGGGUGAGCCAAAAGCCCGCGUUCGUCCUCGAACCUACCCAUACUUCCAAUACCUCCCAUAUCAGCCUGAAGGAGAAGCAGACCGAGAACGGAAUCUUCGAGAGAUCUUAAACCAACUGUACAUCUCCGUGGAGGCGGGAGAUUUCAGUCCCGGGGCCGUGCACUGGACACGCGAGCUUCGCGGAUGGUUGUCGCUCAAGUUUGAUCCGACUCGCAAGGAGCGCAUCAACCUUGUCAAGCUCUAUUAUGAAUUGUCGCUAGCUCCCGGGAUCGAUCCCGCCGUCGCGGAGCGAUUUGCAAGCAUGUUCAUGUUGCUGACCAAGCGGAAGCACUACUUGAGGCCGGUCAAGGACCUGGUUUUGGAUUGGAAGCCCCUCUACAAAGAGCUGAAGGCCUUUGUACUCCCCACCGAGUCCGGUCUGGUUCACUCGACCAACCUCAAGCGGAACGUCAAGACAUUGACAAAGCUAUGUGCAUUCGCUCAGCUGUUCAUCGAUCCAUGUGAACUUCCGGACAUGCUCGAAGAAUUCCUUCCUCAUUACACCACCUCGUUCUCGGAGGGUGCCUUCGUCGUCGUAGGAUUGAUCAACCUACUGCUUCCAACGUCGCCUGCACCUGCCUCACGACAGGACCUAUUGCCGCAGAACCAUCUGCCGACACAUUUCCAUCUAUGGUCAUUGGUUGGACGCUCCAAAACCCUUGAUAUCACGUAUCUGGAUUACCUCUCUCGAUUGGCACGAGACUCCCUGCCAGCCGGUCACAUCCCCUUCUCCGAGCAUGGUAUCUUCACAAAAGAACAGUCAUCCCUCAUCUUUACCGCGAUCCUCAGGCUCUUGGAGAUCCCUGUAGGACAGUCCACGUCACCCUACAGCGCUUUGGUGGACAUCUCAUCCGGUUUGGGUAUUAUGCUGGACCGGGAUUCACGAAAGCACCCAGUUGCCCACCACAUUGCCCGAUGGAUAGUGAUGUCUCUCUCUCCUGCGUGCGUGGAGUCGGCAAACUCCAUUUUGGUGCAGCUUGAGGGUCUUAUCCAGGCCGUCGAGACAUUCUUCCACCCUUCGAACUCGGGUGCUUGGACGAAGGCAUUGUCGCAGCUGGUCUAUUACCUGACCGAUUUCUUCGUUAUGCGCUGGAACCGCGAACAGAGCGGAGAGAUGGAGGUCCCGGCCGAGCGACGACUGAAUGAACCGCUGAAGCGUCGCUUUGUGCUGUGUAUUCGGGACGUGAUCUUCAUGGGCAUCUACUCCAAGAGCAGCUCCGCCAUGACGUUCUCUCUGUCGACUUUGCAGGGACUCGCCUAUUUGGAGCCGCAUCUGAUCCUGCCGGGGGCCUUGCAGAGGAUCUAUCCUUCUCUACAGGGUCUGGUCGAGGUGCAUCGAACAACCUCUUCUCUUCGGGCUAUGCAGGUGCUGUCCCGUGUUAUUACACGAACGAGAGGUUACCGGUGCCACAUGACAACCCUUCUGGGACUUGCAUUGCCUGGUAUCGAUGCCAACGACCUCGAGAAGUCUCUUCACGCCCUUUCCUUCAUUCAGUCAGCCUGUUACAAUAUCCCAAUGGUAGAUCUGACCAAGGGGAGAGAGGACAUCAAUUGUAACAUGCUUGCGUUGCAGUGGAUCACUGGCGAGAUGGAGAGAAUGGAGGAAGAAGGAGCAGCAGUGCAGUUGAACUACGAAACCGACCUGGAUGAUGAGACCGAAGAGAUGAUCCUGCGCUCCUCGACAUGUGGAUUCGGCGACUUCACGGUCUCUUUCCUCGGUCGCGUCUUCACCCUCCUGGAGAAUCUCCCCGAUGUCAGUCGAGUGCGCAACGGUUCGCCCGAAGAGAACAUCGUCAACACCCUCCCCGCCACAUUCAUGCCUCUCCUUUCCUCCCUUUCCGAAGAGUAUUACGAUAUCGCCUUGUCAAAGAUCGUUGACUUUGUAUCCAACCAUGUCAUCCAUCAAGCUCGGGACGCAAUGGCCUUUAUUUGCAAUGCUCUGUGCAAGGUCAACCCCGAGAAAGCUCUGAAGCGCUUCAUCCCAGUUUUGACCCAGGCAAUUCGUACCGAAAUUGAGGAUAAUGGCGCCGGGUCAACCAGAACCACUGGAACGGACGUUCUCCCUCGCGACCGUGGCUUGGUGUGGAAUGUUAGCAUGUUGAGUAUGUGCGUGGUGCACGUUGGCGAUGCCGUGCUGGCCCACCGGAAGGAGCUCUUUGACAUUGCACUGUACAUGCAACAGAAAUGCCGAGGCAUUCCGACCGUCCAUAUUUCCAACUUCAUCCAUCACCUUCUGCUUAACCUCACGGGAACCUACACCAGUGAUUACUCCCUCUAUGAACCCCAUGUUGUUGCAAACGGCAUUCAGCCAGAGCAUUGGAGUCAUCGAGCCGAUGUGUCUGGGUUGAACGUUAAGUGGCAUGUACCGAAGCACGAGGAGCUCGAGUUUGCGGUUGAUGUGUUCAAAAGUCAAGCGGAAUCAGCCUUGAAGCAACUGUCCGCGCUGACCCAUGAGACAUCGACUGUCAAACGCGAUGGAAGCGGAAAGGAAUGGUCGGAUGAAGUCACUCGCAACCUUGUGCUUUUGCGACUGCUUCUCUCCGGUAUUUCUGUGCUCUUCGAUCCCAAGGCUGCAUCGGUUACCACCAAAGAAAUUUCAAAUGGUGCUUCCGCUGCUUCCAGCGAUUUUGAAAUGGUGGACGACCCGACCCUGUCCAAUGGCGCUGAAAACAACGAUACCGAUGCAUCUCUAGACGUUUCAGACGAGGCCACGGUCAGAGAGGCCUUCCCGUAUCCAACUGGGUAUCCCCUGCAAGAGACUGACCCGCUGCACGCCACUAUUCAUGAGAUUCGCGAGCAAGCCGGCUGGGUUCUGCAUGACGUGCACCGGUUCCUGAGCGAUAAACAAGAGGAUGAUGUGCCGUGCUUCGCGGCUUUGUACUCUGCUUUCAGAUCUUUUUUCAUUGAUGUGGGCAUCGAAAGAUCUGCUCAUGUCUUGGACCGAGUCACACGGCUUUUGGCAGCAGACAUUCAUCCGUACAAAAUGAGUGGCAUUAGGAAAGAUUACCCGAGGGCUUUGCUAGUGCGCAGAGCCAAUGUGUAUCACCUGCAACGCCUUCGGCACAAUGCUGCCCCGCGACCUCGGUCCAAGCUUGACGAGAUUCUCCUCCUGGACUUGGCUGAAUCUUGCGUGUCUUUGUACACCGAGACGCGCCGCAGUGCUCAAAACGCUGCUGAAUCAGCCUUCAAGGCUGUCUGGGGUUCGCGCCUUCUUGUUAUCCCUCCCCUCCUUAAGGCCCUGCAGAAGGGUGUCAAAGAGAAUGACCAUGCCCGCAUCAAGGGAGCAUUAUUCUCGUUGCUCCUGAGUAGCGUUGCCAAGGCCGUCGGGCGCCAUUGGAGAUUUGCCCCGACACUCAUCAAGACUUUCAUUGACGCUAGUGCUGUUGACAAGCCUUCCGUGCAGAAGAUCUGCUCGGGUGCUGUGUUCCAAGUGAUGGACUACGGCCGCUCCAUGGAGCGAAUGGCUAUUUUGGACCCAGAGAUUGUGCAAGCACUCGCUCCUAGUGGGGAUGUUGGACAGGAGAUCGAACAGAGACACAAGGGUAUCACGCACAGGCGCGCUGUCGUCGAGAAAAAGAAGGCCAAACUGGCCGAGGAGCUGGUCAAUUUGGCGCGAGUGUCUCAUUGGAAAAUUGCCAGCCGCGCAGCCACAAUUGUCAUCACCAUGGGCCUCCGGUUUGACUAUGUCGCCAGUGAGAACCUGAUCGAGUUGGUGACUUCAGGGUCGAUUGAUGAUCACCCAGGCCUGCGUGGCAUGUACUCCCAGGCACUCAUUGCAUUGUUCACCAUGAUCGAUGUUCGGGCCAUCUGCGGUCAUGAGUACCGGAACUACAUUCUCGGACACCAGAAUUUCCCAUCGAAGAUCAAGGUGACAACCAAACCAUAUGAGAAAGGGUGGACUAGCGAAUACUUGUCCAGCUUUGCGAACCCUGAUGCUCAAUACUAUAUCGACCACGAUUUCCCAGGGUGGCUUGUAUGGGCCAAGACGAUGCCCGCAUACAAGUCCAACGUGAAACGCGACAUGGAGUAUGAUGAGGUCGAGUGGAAGGUGCGCACCAAGAUGGGCCAAUUGUUCACUCGGGAAUGGUUUUCCAAGUUCUUUAUGUAUCUGAAGCAAGAGCCGCGGGACCCAUCUGCCGACAAGUUCCGCAUGUCUUGUGCCAUGAUGCUUCUCUACGCAUUCGAACUCAUGAUCCGAGAUGGUCUCACGGCUGCCUCUUUCAAGGACAUCCAGGAAGAAAUCCAAAAUGUCUUUGAGGAUGGCAGUGAUAAGCACCAGCACCGCGCUACCUCGGAGAUCCUCGGCGCCCUGAUCAGCUCCGUGACAGAUACCAGUGUGGAGAACCGAACACUCGUCUGGGAGUAUGCAUUCCCCAUCGUGCGGAAGAUCUUCACAGACGGUCUGACGCCGGAGAACUCUGGGUAUUGGACAACGUUCCUCCACAUGAUACUGCAAUGUCGGGAUCCUCGACGGGCCUGGCCCUUGGUUGACUGGCUCGCCAGCUUCCGUCUGGACAUGUCGACGAAUGCAGCCUUCAAGGAAAGCUCCAAGAUUAACCUCCUCCACCAAUGUAUCAUCGAUGCUGGCUGGCAUUUCCAGCUCGACAAGCCAAUUGUGGACGAUUUCCUGGCACAUCUAGACCACCCGUAUAAGGGUGUGCGAGAGGCCAUGGGGCAGACUCUUGCCACUAUAUCCCGAACACGUUACCACGAGUCGUAUCCUGACGUUCAGCAGCUUUUGGAUGCUCAAAGGUCAUCUUCCUCCGUCGGCACAUUCCCCUAUCUUCCGUCCGAUGAUUUCUCGCAGAUGGUUCGUGGGGUUUUCAGUCAGAUCGAGCAGUGGCGUCAGGCUCGUCCCGCCGGUCAACAGACACCCUCAUCCUACACUUCUGGCAGCAAAACGGUUCUACUCUGGCUAGAUUCAACCUUGUCUUCCCACGAGUGCACACAGCUUGUUCCAUUCUUCCCCGAUGUGUUCACGGCGCAGCUUCUUCACAUGAUGGAUGUGAAGGAGGACCCGGAGCUGCAAUCCCUCGCCUACCACGUCUUCCGCCAUCUCCCCAACAUCCCCUAUCCCGCCGAGAAGAACUCCGAAUUCAUCCAAUCUCUCAUUCGCAUUGGACAGACGUCUCCGUCAUGGCACCAGCGGUUGCGUGUGAUGAUCAACAUCCAAAUCAUCUACUUCCGCCGACUGUUCCUGCUGGAUCCUGCCGACCGCGAUCGGCUCUUCGAGUGCAUUGCCUCGAUGCUCGAAGAUCCCCAGCACGAGGUUCGCGCAGGCGCGUCGGCCACACUCUCCGGCAUGAUCCGCUGCUCGCCAGUCUUCUUGCGCGACAAGAUGGUCAGUCGGUUCCAGGAACGCUUCACAAAGGUUCUGGUGGAUAAUCCCCUGCCGAAGAAACCCAAGAAUCCCCGGUCUGGUGUUUCCUCCGCGGUUUCAUCGGGCGCGGGAACCCCCACCCCCGAGCACAGUCGCCUGAUUCUUAUGCGACACGGCGCCGUGCUUGGUCUUGGUGCUUUGAUUCAGGCCUUCCCCUACAACAGCCCUCCGCCUCAUUGGAUGCCUGAAGCAUUGACUUCACUGAGUAUCCGUGCCGCCAACGAUCCAGGCAUCGUUGGCUCGAGCGUCAAAUCGAUCAUCAGUGAAUUCAAGAAGACCAGGCAAGAUACUUGGCACAUCGAUGCGAAGGCAUUUACCCCAGAUCAGCUGGAAGAUCUGUCUGGCGUGCUGUGGAAGAGCUACUUUGCCUAA